UGUGUUUGCGACUGUACAAAACAACACCUCGUCUUGAGCUGUUAUCUCACAAACUUGCAACAGUUAGCAUCCCUAUUGUGUUGUUGUUUGCUUCAACCGUCCAAAAAUGAAGUUUGUGUAUUUAUUGUGUGCCAUUAUCGUUUUUAUAAGUGAAGUCAAUAGUAUCGACGUACAAACAGCCGAUGCUACAGAAAAAAAAAAGGUUAUAGCUGAAGAUGGAAUAUUUCUAAGAAAACUACAAGAUAAAGAACAAUCUACUAGAUGGAACGACAUUCUAGCUGAUAUACUAGUAAACACAGUGAGUGGAUCAACAAACAACGCACAAAAGGAAGAAACUAACGAAAAAAUCGAACACGAUGGAUUUCUGAAAACACUUUUUAGUAAAACCCUGUAUCUGUACAAAUACUAUGUCUACGAUAAAUUCAAAGUUGCUGCUGACAAUGACGUUAAAAUAGUCGAACCAGAAGAGUGGGCAGGUGAUCCAAAUGAUAACGUGGAAGUUUUUAAAACAAAUCGAGUGAAAGGAGAAAGAUGUACAACAUGUAAUGGUACAAAUAACGACGAUUGUCCACAUGGAAUGCGUAAAAAUGAUGACGGAAAGUGUAUGGCAUCUCCGCUAAUGAUUUCUGUGCCUGAAUAUUGUCCGAAGGGGUACAGGAAAGACCGUUGGGGAUAUUGCAGAUUCGUGUUUAAUUUUUGAUUUUUGUUCAUUGGGUAUCAAGUGAUGUCGCAGAAUUUUAUAACCUUUUGGGUGAAUUAACACAUGAUUCAUUCUAGUGUUUUAUAAUCUAGGCGAUAAUAAUAAUAUAGAAAAAAAAUACUUAAUUAGAAAUGUUUUGUCAGAUAUUACAUAUUUAUAUUCAAUGUCAAAGUACUGCAACGAGCUAAGUGUCAACGCGAACUGAUGAUCACUAUUUGGAAGAGGAAAGUUGGUUUCUUUGGCCACAUACAAAGGGGACCCCAGUUUGAAUUUCUAAGUCUGAUUCUUGAAGACAAAAUCCCUGGCAAAAAAUCUUCUGGCCGCCCUCGAUGAAAGUGGUUUGAUGACAUAAAGGAUUGGACCGGACUUAGAUACAACCAACUGAAAAUAGCGGCCCAAAGCCGCGAGGGUUUCCAUAUGCUGACCUCCAAACUUCAAUUCGAAGAUGGCACCCCAUGAUGAUGAAGUCAGGUUUUCGAAAGAGUGUGCAGUGUUUUAAUGUGUACAGUGUAUGUCACGUUCAAACAAGUGAAGUGAAAAAUGUAAGUUUUAUUUCUUCCAUUAUAGUGAAUAUUAAAUGACGCGCCUUUGUACUUUCUUCAAUACAUUUGUUCUAAUACAGCGAAACUUUAUUACAAUGCAAAAUGAACUCUAAUAUAACAUUUAUCUCUGAA